AUGCCUCCUCCAAAAUCCAAGGGCGGCAAGAUGCUCAGCCUGAUCAACUGGCGACUCAAAGUUACGAUCAACGACGGCCGCGCAUUUGUCGGCCAGAUGCUCGCGUUCGAUAGGCACAUGAACCUGGUUCUUGCAGACUGUGAGGAGUUUAGGCGGAUACGCCCAAAGAGGAAGGCCGGCGAGGCAGAGGCGGGACCCAUGCAGGAGGUAAAACGCACCCUGGGACUCGUCAUCCUCCGCGGCGAGACUGUCGUCAGCCUCUCAGUCGAGGGUCCCCCGCCCGUUGUUGACGAAGACAAAAAGAACGCGGUUCCAGUCGGUCCAGGACGCGGUAUGCCGGCAGGUCGUGGUAUGGGCAUGCUGCCUCCCAUGGGACCACCGUCGCUGCAGCGCCCGCCGAUGUCAUUUGGCCCGCCAGGUAUGCCGGGCGGGCCUCCACCUGGUUUCCGACCGCCUGGUUUCCCUGGAGGACCCCCGCCUGGCAUGCCCUUCCCUCCGCCGCCCGGCUUUGGCGGUCCUCCUCCUGGCUUCCAACCACCACAAUAA